AUGAUUGGCAGUGUCUUUUUCAUCUUUAACCGGCUGGUGGAGUUUGUCUUUCUCAUUCCGAUCAUCGGUAUGAUGCCACUCCAUACUAACGAUGCAUUCCCAUCACGCGCACAGGCAUACUUUGUCAAUGGCUACCUCAAGGCCAACAUGCUCACGCCCGCCUACAUCCUGGUCCUCUUCAUCGUUAGCGUGAUCGCUGCCUUUUGGGUCCUCGACACGCUCGUGCGCUUCUCCACCACCAAGCGCUCUGCAUACUUUGUCGCCUUUGUGGACCUUUGCUUUGUUGGAGCGUUUAUUGCUGGAGUCUAUGAGUUGCGCUUCAUCGCCAGUGCAGAUUGCUCCAGCUGGAACCCAGGUAUCGUCUGGGUUUCCCUGGGUCCCUUCGGCGCAUAUGGUGCGCAAGUGGAACACCUGUCACUGAAUGUGGACAAGACCUGUGCCAUGCUCAAGGCCUCCUUUGCACUGGGGAUUAUGGAGACUAUUUUCUUCUUCUGGACCGCCAUUCUGGCGGUCUUUAUCCACAGCAGGAGUCGUGAGCCGGUCGUCGUCAAGGAGACCACUGUGCGUCGGCGCAGUCACAGCAGUCGUCGAGGCCACUCGUCAUCACACCGUCACCGAAGCUCCAGCCGUCGACCUCACUAUGUGGUCUAA